UCUGAUUUGUUUUUAAAACGCUGUGGGUUUUUUUUUUGUUGUUUUUUUUUUUUUUUUAAUGGCGGAAGGAGUGUGUAUAUGUAUGUGUAUGUGUGUAUGCGCGCGCGCGCGCUCUCUCCCUCGCGCGUGUGCGCGUUUGAGAAGGGGGGGGUUAGGAGCCGUAACUGGAUCCCGCGCGCGCGCGCUGUCUUUCAGGGAAGCGCGCGAGCGAGGAAGAGCGAGAGAGGAGAUGGAUGGAGCGCUCGCGCGCGGUGGAGGGGUGGGGGUAUAAAUAGGGGCUAGGGAAGGCAGAGGAAAGGAGGGAGGACGAGUUUCGAGGCCCUUAUUUAGACUACGAUAAAGAUCACUAUAUAACUUUUUCUUUAACUGUCUUAUUUAUCUCAUAUGUUUAUUUUAAUCGUUAGAACAUAUCGUAUACUGCUCCGUCUCCAUCUCAAGACAAUGACAUGCUGCUAAAAACAAACCGAAAAACAACCACGGACAACACAACAAGGACGAUUAAUACAAUAAAGUAUAAAGUAAAUACCAUUGCUGGUAUAAAAACACACACACACACACACAUGUAAACAAUGAAUGUAGAAAAAUAAAAUAAAAUUCGCUUUGGGAAGGUGGUGGUGUUGGAGGCCUUGUCCGUUUCCCCGCCACCACCGCGCCAUCGGCGGGCGCUCUGCGGGAGGGAGGGAGGGGGAGCGCGGGGGAAGGAAGUAGGAAAAUGGGAGGAUGCGGCCGCGCUUUGCGUCAAGGCGCACAAUGCUACGAGGAAAGGCUCCUCCGCGUAACACGACGACACGAUUUGCCUAUUUAUUUGUUUCUCUAAACCACAAGCAACGCGAGCUAGUUAAAACGGUUCAAGAGCAGCCGAAGCGCGUUUGCCGUGAAGGCGAUCGUCCAUCGCUACACCUGGGACCGAGAGCUCCGUUCUGAAUCUUCUAAACCCUACAGAGAAAACGAGAACUGCUGGAUGAAACUCUUUCUUCUCCGGAUUGAUUCCUUUUUUUUUUUGUGUUCGUGUUUCCUUUUUUUUUUUUUUUUUUUUCUUUUUUUUCCCCCCGCCUCUUAUCAUAAUUUUUACACUACGUUAUUUUUACACUACACUGGAUGACACUACAAACCGGGUCCAGAUUGAUUAAAUGAUCGUACGGGGGCUGGUGUGGAGUUUGCAGGUUUGAGUGGAGUUUUCACGGGAUUUCUGAAUUCCCUGGGAAUCUUUACGUGGAAAGAGAGGCUUUCCGGGAUUUUUGGGAUCUACUUCUUCGGGGUGGGGUGGGGUCUCAGGGGGAGUUUAUGCUAUGGUGAUCAGCCUACUUUCUGAUUCUUUUCGCUGCGGCUUUGAGGGGUUCACCACACGGGACAAAGGAUAGUAAACUAGGGUGGAGGAAAGAAGAGGAAGAGGCGGCUCCAGGGCUGCCGAGGCCUCUGCGAGUGUGUGUGAGAGUGAGUGAGUGUGUGUGUGUGUUUUAGUGUGUGCCAGGCCCAAACGCAGCCAUGGUGAAGCUGGCGAACCCUCUGUACACGGCCUGGAUCCUGGAGGCCAUCAAGAAGGUGAAGAAGCAGAAGCAGCGUCCGUCGGAGGAGCGCAUCUGCAACGCCGUGUCCACGUCGCACGGCCUCGACCGCCAGACCGUUCUCGAGCAGCUCGAGCUCAGCGUUCAGGAUGGCACCGUCCUCAAGGUCUCCAACAAGGGCCUCAACUCCUACAAAGACCCCGAUAACCCCGGGCGCCUGGUCCCGCCCAAGCCCAAGGGUGGCGUCAGUACAGGAGGAAGCGGGGCUUCCAAGAAAGCGGCGCUGGACUGGAACAAGCUGAUCCGACGCGCCUUGGAGGGGCUGCACGAGUCCGGAGGGUCGUCUCUCAGGAGCAUCGAACGCUUCCUGAAGUGCCAGGCGGAUGUAGCGAGCCAGCUAACGGGUACGGCGGCGCCCAGGAUCUUCCACCAGCAGCUCAGGCUCGCGCUGAAACGGGCCGUCGGGCACGGGCGUGUCCUUAAACACGGCCCGCUGUUCCGGCUCGCAAGCAGCAACGACGGAAGCGACGCUGGUGACGGACGCGUAGCGCUGGAGUCUCUGCCUCCUGUACGCCCGCUGCCUCACGAGAAAGAUCGGCCCGUGGCCGAGCCCAUCCCCAUCUGCAGCUUCUGUUUGGGGACCAAGGAGCAGAAUCGGGUCAAAGAGCCGGAGGAGCUCAUCUCCUGCGCCGACUGCGGAAACAGCGGUGAGUUACUCGGAGGAAGAUGUUCCGCCGUCGCGAGGAGAAGAGAACAGAGAAGUCAUCCGUCCUGUCUGAAGUUCUCCCCGGAGCUGACGGCUCGAGUUAAAGCUCUGUGGUGGCAGUGCAUCGAGUGUAAAACCUGCAGCAGCUGUCAGGACCAGGGCAAAAACGCGGAAAAUCUGUUGCUGUGUGACUCCUGCGAUCGAGGUUUCCACAUGGAGUGUUGUGACCCCCCACUGACACGAAUGCCGAAAGGUAUGUGGAUCUGUCAGAUCUGCAGGCCGAGGAAAAAGGGACGAAACGUCUUGCACGAAAAAGCAGCACAAAUCAAGCGGCGGUACAACGCCCCCCUGAGUCGACAGAAGGGCAGACAUAUCAAUAGAUGUGAGAUUCUUCUGUGGAAAAAGCCGGGUCGCCCCUUUAAGAAACUUCGAGGGAGUGGGCGUGGCCGACGGCGGCGAGGCCCUGGAGCGAGUCACUCACGAGGCUCUGCCUCCCCUCACUCGUCCUCGAGUUCGUCGUGCGACGGUUACCUGGGUGACGGUUACCCGGGCGACGACCGGCUGCUGUUCUCGCGGCGGGAUGAUGAGGACGAGUCUCAGGGCGCGGCACGCUUCAACAGGAAGACCAAAGGGCUGAUCGACGCCCUGAGUAAGUUUUUCACUCCGUCACCGGACGGACGCAAAUCCCGCACCGAGUCGCUCGACUACGCAGAGCAACACCGCAUCCGCAAGAAGAGCGGCCGGAAAUCAGACGCGCACCAGCGCGCAGGGGACAAUCAAGAUUGUAGCGAUGAUUGGAAGGAGGAUGAGGAGAAGCUGCCGGGACACGAGAACCUGACGGAGAAGGACAUGGAACUUUUCAGACACAUCCAGGAGCUGGCACUACAGAAAGUCGGUGUGACGGGGCCUCCUGACCCACAGAUGCGCUGUCCCGCCGUCAUCGAGUUCGGGAAGUACGAGAUCCAGACGUGGUACUCGUCACCGUACCCUCAGGAGUACAGCAGACUUCCUAAGCUGUACCUGUGCGAGUUCUGCCUGCGCUACAUGAAGAGCCGCAGCAUCCUGUACCAGCACAUGCGCAAGUGCACGUGGUUUCACCCGCCCGCCAACGAGAUCUACAGGAAGGACGACGUCUCUGUGUUCGAGGUUGAUGGGAACGUCAGCACAAUAUACUGUCAAAACCUCUGUCUGCUCGCCAAGCUCUUUCUGGACCACAAGACUCUGUACUACGACGUGGAACCGUUCCUUUUUUACGUGCUCACGCAGAACGACUCCAAGGGGUGUCAUCUGGUCGGAUACUUCUCCAAGGAGAAACAUUGCCAGCAAAAGUACAACGUGUCCUGCAUCAUGAUUCUUCCACAGUACCAGCGCAAGGGCUACGGACGCUUCCUCAUCGACUUCAGUUACCUGUUGUCAAAGCGGGAAGGCCAGCCCGGUUCUCCAGAGAAGCCUCUGUCCGAUCUGGGCCGCCUCUCCUACAUGGCUUACUGGCGGAGCGUCGUGCUCGAGUGCCUACACGAGGUGCGAGACCGAAAGCUCACCAUCCGCCGCCUCAGCAAGAUCACCGGCAUCUGUCCUCAGGACAUCACGGCCACGCUACAGAAUCUAAACAUGCUGGAGCACCGGGGGGAUCGGCUGAUUCUGGUUCGCAGGGAAAAGCUGGUGUCGACUCACAUGGCCCGUCUCCAUGCCCGACCUCGGCUCCUGGAAGUCGACCCGGACUGCCUACGGUGGACACCCGUUAUUGUCGCCAACCCAGUUGUGUCUGACGAAGAUGGGGAUGAAGAUGACGACGAGGACGAAGAAGAGGACGGAGAGAAAGAAAACAACAAAGACAUGAAAUCAAAUCGCAAAAGUUCCCCGCUGCCAUGGAAUACAAGAGUAGACAAGGAGGAUAACGAAGAAAAAAAGUGCUUCCCAACAUUCCCCAAGAAUCAAAGCUCUCUGCCUUCAUCCCCCAUACGCAACAGUCUCCCAAGCCCUGAAGCCACACCUCUUCAAGCAAAUGGGGAGCGUCGGGGUCGCGGACGGCCUCCUAAAAACUGGCCGUGGGGCAAAGUCAAGGAUCAACCUCGUCCCGGACCGGGACGGCCCCGGAAAACCAGGCCCAAAGAGGAUGAUGACGAAGAAUAUCCAUCUCAAAACAAAAUGACACCGGUAUCCUUGUCUCCAUCUCCUCUCUUCGCUUCUGAGAAGGAGCCGAACUGCACUGAGCGGCUAUUUGGGGCUUCAAGGCACUCUGCAAUUCCUCCCCCACGCAACAGAGGGCGCCCCGCACGGAAAAGGGGAGGCCCCAAGCGUAGGCUGAACGAGGAGUCGGGGGAUGACGUGCCCUCGUUAACCACGGCACCUAGGCUAAGCGAGUCGCCGGUCCCUCAUUCCUGCUCGAGUGAAAGCAGUGAGGAUGACGAUGAUGACGAUGACUACAAUGAAGAGAUGGGUACCCGCUCCCCUCCUAUUCUUACCAAGCCAACGUUAGGGCUCAAAAGCAAGAAGCUCCCACGGAAAAGGCGCAUACGUCAGCGUAGCCACCCACACAGCAGUGUGGUGACGGAAACCAUUUCUGAGACUACAGAAGUUCUCGAUGAGCCGUUUGUAGACUCGGAUUCCGAGAGACCCAUGCCCCGGUUAGAGGAGGAGACGCCGUUUGGCCAUAGCCUCCGCUGUUACCCACCUGCUCGCAAACACUUGGACUCUACGCUUAAAAUGAUUCGCCCUACCAAUCUCUCGGAGUCUGAUGAGGAUGAUCACACUCCUGUGCUGAAACCAGUCAGUGGCCUGAGAAGGCCAGAGACUGCGGCAUUAGAAGGAGAGGAGCCCUCUACUGUGACGCCGGAGGUCCCUUUGAAGAAGAAGAAAGGCUGGCCUAAGGGAAAGAGCCGUAAGCCGCAGCACUGGAAAAAGGGCCCUGGGAGAAAGCCGGGAAGUGGGACGACCAACCAGGUUGCCGACACCGGUUUGACAGCCCAGUCCUCGGAGGAAACUCCGAGACAAAGCGUCCAGAGCAAACCAGGCAGGAAGCGUCGGAAUUAUUACCCACAGCAGACCAAGGAAGAGGGUGCCCGGGCAGAGCUGGACAGAAGCCACUUGUCUCAAUUACAGUUAGAAAAGCCAGAGGACCGAACCUUCAAGAGGAGACCUCUGACGUCAGACUUCGACUGUGAAAAGCGCAAGGACUCUGACGAGGAAGGCAUUUUCCCUCAACAAACGAGAGAACAGCCUAAACCCAGGAGACGAGGCCGACCACCGAAAAAAGCAAAUCUCGAGCCCCCUGUUUCCAAACCUGCACCCGUUUCUGAGCCGGAGGAGGAGGAGGAGGAUCAAACAUGGUCUGAAGAGAAGCCAAGCCGUUCACCUUCUUGCAACUUAUCCCAGGCCUCCGGUUCCCGAGUCCCUCAGAACAGAGAUGGUGACAUGGCGGACCAAGAGGAGGAUGAGGAAAGAGAGGAUGAGGCUCAUAACUCGGGCAGCAGGAGGACAGGGGCUAUAUCUGGCUCAGGAAGCCGGCGAAGCGAUGAUCACGAUGCGGAUGACGAAGGAGAUGGUCGCCUGGAGGAGAAAAGUGAUUCUGACAAGAGGAGAAAAAACCAGGACUCUGAGGAUGAUGAUGAUGAAGAGCUAGAAGAUGGGGAGGAGGAACCAUCAUCUCCUCCUCGAUCACCGCCUGUUAAAGAAGAACCGCAGAGUGGGGAAGGUUUUUUAGACAUGCAGGAGAGUGGGUCACGGGAGUACAUCCACAAGCAGGAAGAGGUGGAAGAUGAGGAUGAGGAAGACGAGGUCCGAGAGGUAAAGACCCGCUCGGUUGACUCCCAGGAUGAAAGGCGGCGACGGGAGCUGGAGGAAUCUGCAGCUGCAGCUGCUGCAGUUGAGACUGUGACCUCCAUUGCAAUUCCUUCUGAUCCACCACACAUGCAGUCAAUGGAUAGCAAAUCUGACCUGCUGAUGGAGACAGGACACCCUCACGCAAACUCUGAAUUCAAGGAUGAGUUGAGCCACCAUCCGCAUGACCACCACCACAGCAGUGAGUUGGACCUCGAGACAGUCCAGGCUGUCCAGUCCCUUACACAAGGAGAGGCCCAGGAUGAGGAAGCUGAGCCACACGGCGCUUACCAGGACUGCGAGGAGACACUAGCUGCCUGUCGAACCCUGCAGAACUAUAGCCAUGGGGAGGGAGAGGAGGAAUCUCUUGCCAUGGUGGAAGACUGUGGUGCCUCUCAACAUAGUAGCCCCAUGCCCAACCCUCCCAUGCCCCCUUUAGCCAGUCAAUCUGUACGUUCCGUCAAUAGCCCAGGAAUGACUCCAGGACCUCUUGAAACGGGACCAGGUGUGUCUGGUCCAGCAGGUGGAAACGGGGGAGGCUACACCCAAAUAACUCCAGAGCACCCUAGCUCGCUUUCUGCACCAUCGUUGCAGAACAUGGAGACGUCACCCAUGAUGGACGUGCCGUCCGUGUCAGACCAUUCUCAACAGGUGGUGGACAGUGGUUUCAGUGACUUGGGCAGCAUCGAGAGUACCACAGAGAACUAUGACAACCCCAGUAGUUAUGACUCCACUAUGGGCGGAGGAGGUGGCAGUGGGGGAAACAGUGGCAGUGGAAGCAGCAUGUCUGUUACAGUGGCAGCUGUCUCGUCUGCAUCUUCUUCAUCGUCCACUCCAUCCUCUUCUUCCUCACAAGGCAAUAGCUGUUCCUUUGUGUCCACCCCUGGUAUGUCGUCUUCCAGUGCUUCUGUGGGAUCUCAACUUGCUAUGGGCAGCUGCAGCUUGAUUCAGCAGGCUGGUCCUGGUCCAAACGGUGGUCCUGGCUCGAAUAGUGGUAGUACUGUCCCUCAACCACCACCUCCACCUCCUCCACCCUCAGCUAACACCCCAGGCUGUGGCAUCAAGUCCCCCCAAAGCUGUGUAAUUGAAAGACCUCCAAGUGCAAGCCAGCAGCAGCAGCAAAAGAAGGUUCCUCAACAGCAGCAACCGCCAAACCCUCAGCCCCAGCCUGCACCUUCAGCACCCCCACCUCCUCCUCCUCAGCAGCAGGCGCUUUCCCAAUGCAGCAUGGGAAAUAGCUUUGCUUCCACGCCCAUGAUCAUGGAGAUUCCUGAGAGUGCAGGAAGUGGCGGAAGUGGUCGAAGCAUUUACGACCGAAUGGGCCAGGACUUUGGUGCAGGCAGCUAUGCUCAACCGUCAGCCACCUUCAGCUUGGCCAAACUCCAGCAGCUUACCAACACAAUCAUGGACCCUCACGCCAUGUCUUACUCUCACUCUGCUGCCGUUACGUCUUACGCCACAAGCGCCACUUUGCCCAAUCCCAGCUUGGCGCAGCUUACUUCCUCCCCCCAUCCUCCUCUGCCUCAGGCUCAGGCAACCAUGACUCCACCUCCCAAUCUCAGCUCUAGCUCCAUGAACCUUGGCACUUCCUUAAUCCAGUGCAACAUGCCAGGAGCCAACAUCGGCCUACCUCCUCCACCCCACACCCAGCGCCUUCAGGGUCAAAUGGCCACUGUGAAAGGCCACAUCUCUAUUCGCUCCAAGGCUUCCCAAAUCCAGGCCGGUUCCCCACACCAGCAGCAGAUCUAUGGCCGAAGCUCAAUGCAAGGGUCCCCACGAACCCUGGCAGUGCAACGAGGCAUGAUGACCAACCUCAUGCCCACUCCGGCCGCUUACAACUCCAUGAACAUGAACCCGCUCAACGCAGCCAUGUCAGCCGGCUACCGCAUGCCCCAGCCCAUGAUGAACAGCGGGUACCACAGCAACUACAUGAACCAGCCUGCCCAGUACCCCAUGCAAAUGCAGAUGGGCAUGAUGGGCGGUCAGGCCUAUCCACAGCAGCCUAUGCAGCCCAAUCACCAUGGCAACAUGAUGUACGCCGGUCCCUCGCACCACAGCUACGCCGGUGUCCCCAAACAGUCGCCUUACAUGAGCAGAUGAGCAAGGGAGUAGAUAUGCAGAGACAAACAAGAGAGUAAAGACAAAGACAUUCAACCCCUUCCAGAAACAGACUCGCGCAAAUACUCUGUGUCGUUACCGGAGUGCACAUACUUUCCCUGAGAUCUGGAAAACAGCGUUAGCGUGGCGGAACAGGACGGUGCCGCAACUGGAGAGGUGGUUUUACUUUACAUGUCUUUUACUCGUACGUUACGGUGGAGAAGUUUUCGCUCGUUUUUGCCCUACCGAAGCUGUGCAGCCGUAAUCGAGCCGAUCAGGGUAACGAUGUGAGGUGUGAACAAAAAUGUCCGCAUCAUGCAAAAUCGGGCACUCCUUUCCUUCCCCUGGUGUUCAUUGGUUAACGCAGGGGUGAAGAAGAAGAAGAAGAAGAAACAAAGCAGCUGCAAGAUAUAAAUAAAUAAAGAAUUGAGGAACAAACAUCUGACGUUCUUAAUGGACGCAACCUGGGUCAUGCACAGUCUUUGGAAUUGACAUAGGAAGCCUUACGUAAAAAAAAGGAAAAAAUAACGGUUGUAGAUGAACUUGGCUCUUAUUAUUAUUAUUAUUAUUAUUAUUACCACCACAUUUUUUUUGUUCUUUUUUUUCCUUUUUUUUUUUUUUUUUUAAAUUUAUUUUGGGAUGACCGUUAAAAUGCUUGUGUUUUCAGUCCAGCCUCAUGCUUAGUUUAAAUAUAUAAGUGUGUGUGUGUGUGUGUGUGGUUAUACGGGGGGGCGUGGGGGGGGGGUGAUCCACACAUUUUUGCUCUUACAAACAUUCACAUGCACACAAUCGGACACAAACACUCGCACACACGUUUCGUUAGCCACUUCAGAGUCAAGGUGGAGGCACUUCAGCGUGUGUGACACAGAGCUACUAUGGAGACACCGUAAGACGUAUCUAGUAAUCCGUGUCUUCCCAGUUCUCAGUAUAGGACCGCAUGUAUUAAGAUUCAGAGGGACUGAGAGACUCUAUGUAGAUGUGCAAAAGUAGCAAGAAAGUACCGGUAGCCUGAAUGGGACUAGAGCUCCUGUGAACCUUCUAGAUGUAAAUAUUCUGAUACUUCCUGAUUCACAGCACAGGCUCCAGAGCUGCAAGGCCAGCGAGCGCCCCCUCUGGUCGCAUAAAUACACUCCACUCAGUCCACUAGAGGGCACUCUAAUCAAGGGAGAGUUGAUUAUUAUUAUUAUUAUUAUUAUUAUUAUUAUUUUUAUUAUUAUUAUUCCCCCCCUCCCUUUUUUAACUUCAUACUGCACAGUAUACCACAGGAGCGGAAAGGUUUUUUAAAAACCACACUAAUACCGAUGACACUCUGUGUAUACGCGUCGACUCCUACUGACACAUGACCAGUCACGGACCUUCAAAGCUUCAGCUGGUAAUACAGUUCUGUUAGCAUUUAGCAAUGAAGGGGAGGUGGACAGUAAUUCGCAUUGGCGUGAAACACAAACCAAGACACGCACUAACAUCUUGGUUAAAGUGCAUGUCGUACAGGGACGGAUACCAGUAUAGGACAAGGGGCAAAGAAACUCCUUCGUAUGUCCAGUAUUCAAUGUCAAUAUGAGGAUUCUUAAAAGAGCUGAUGUUUUCGUAUAUUAUUUGUGUGUAUUUGUUUUUUGUUUUGUUUUUUUUAUUUUUUUGUUCUUUUUGUUUACAUUUUUUUCUGAAUUUUAUCAGACUGGGCAGCUUUCUUUUAUGACACAAGCUGACUCUUUUUGACUUUAGUAAACUUAUUGUAGAGAAAAUGUUUUUUCUAUAAUAUAAAAACGAAAAAAUUGACAUGGAUAUUGGUACUGUCAUUUUUCACUUCUGUUUCAGGAACAACAAAAAAAAAUAUCCUACAUAUUUUUUAGCUCAACUUGGGGUAAUAUUAUUAAGAAAUUCAAAACAAAAAAAAUUGCAGCUCACUUCUAGUGAAUACGAUGCCUUUAACCUUUCCAUUCCAUCUCAUCUCUAGAGUUUUCUAUCUUUGUGUAGUAUAUUAAUGCUAUUUUAAAACAAAAGGAGACGACGAAUAUCUAAAGGUCAUUUAGCCGUUCUUUUUUUCCCUUUUUUUUUUUUUCCUUCCUCCCACUCGGUUUUUUCUUUUCUUCCAUGUGUGUAUAGGACGAUUUCCAUUUAAGAGGCAUGUAAAAAUGAGCUUCGUAUGUUUGUCUGUUUAUAUUGCUUCCCUUUUUUUGUAUCCUUUGUAAUUGUACAUGGUGAGUUGUAAGCUAAGAGAGAGCGCGGUAGACGGAGAGAGUGAGUGCGUAGCGUCAGCGUGCCCGCCUCCUUCUCUCUCCUCUCUAUUUCCUCCCUGUAUGUAUUUCCAUUUAUUUGUUUCUUAUAUUUUUCUUUCUUAGCAAGUACUUUCAAAGAACUCUGUACAUUUUAACAUGAAACAAAAAUAAAUUAUGUUGAGCCGUU